UUUUACCUAAAUAUUCUCAAUUUAAUAGGGUACCAUUCCAUCAGAGGUCAGAAAACAAGUGAAAAACUUUGCAUGCUCAUUUGAAUUUGUUAUAUAUGCAAGAAAACAUGCCUUUUCUUAUUCAAGUGUGUCUUGAAUAUGUGUCUGUUCUGUCUUACAUAGAGAACACUUUAAGAAAUAAAUCUUAUUUAGAAAAUAGUUGUCGGUGAAUUAAAGAAUUGAAUUGAAAUUGUCUUGUUGGACUUCCCUGGUGGCGCAGUGAUUAAGAAUCCACCUGCCAAUGCAGGGGACACGGGUUCAAGCCUUGAUCCGGGAAGAUCCCACAUGCUGCGGAGCAACUAAGCCUGUGCGCCACAACUACUGAGCCUGCACUCUGGAGCCCGCGAGCCAUAACUACUGAGCCCCCGUGCCACAACUACUGAGCCUGCACUCUAGAGCCCGCGUGCCGCAACUACUGAAGCCCGCGCGCCUAGAGCCUGUGCUCCGCAACAAGAUAAGCCACUGCAGUGAGAAGCCCGUGCACUGCAACGAAGAGUAGCCCCCGUGCAGAGCAACAAAGACCCAACGCAGCCAUAAAUAAAUAAAGGAAUAAAAAAAGAAAGGAAGGAAACAAAAGAAGGAAAAAAAGGAAGAAAGAAAGAAGGAAGGACAGGGAGGAAGGAAGGAAGGAAGAAAGAAAGUUGUCUUGCUGAAAUUGUUCAGCUUCUUUUCCGAUGUGGACAGAAGACUGCAGAAAAUCAACCUAUCCUCCCUCUGGACCAACCUAUAGGGGUCCGGUUCCGUGGUACACUAUAAAUCUCGAUUUACCACCGUACAAAAGAUGGCAUGAAUUGAUGGUUGACAAGGCACCAGCGCUAAAAGUUAUAGUGAAUUCCCUGAAAAAUAUGAUAAAUGCAUUUGAGCCAAGUGGAAAAAUUGUGCAGUUAGUGGAUCAAAAGUUGCCUGGUCUACUUGGCAACUUUCCCGGGCCUUUCGAGGAGGAAAUGAAGGGGAUUGCAGCAGUUACUGAAAUACCUUUAGGAGAGAUUAUUUCAUUCAAUAUUUUCUAUGAAUUUUUUACCAUUUGUACUUCAAUAAUAACAGAAGACAAAGAAGGUCAUCUACUACAUGCCCGAAACAUGGAUUUUGGAGUAUUUCUUGGGUGGAAUGUAAACAAUAAUACCUGGGUCGUAACUGAGGAACUAAAACCUUUAACAGUGAAUUUGGACUUCCAAAGAAACAAUAAAACUGUCUUCAAGGCGGCAGGCUUUGCUGGCUAUGUGGGCAUGUUAACAGGAUUCAAACCAGGACUACUUAGUCUUACGCUUAAUGAACGUUUCAGUACAAAUGGCGGUUUUAUGGGUGUCAUAGAAUGGAUUUUGGGAAAGAAAGAUGCCAAGUGGAUAGGGUUUAUCAUUAGAUCAGUUCUGGAAAAUAGCACAAGGACUUGGAAGCAACUUAAGUGUCCAUCAAGAGAUGAAUGGAUGAAGAAGAUAUGGCACAUAUAUACAAUGGAAUAUUACUCAGCCAUACAAAGAAACAAAGUUAUUUGUAGUGAGGUGGAUGGAUCUAGAGUGUCAUACAGAGUGAAUUAUGAAGAAGCCAAGACUAUAUUGACCAAAACCAAAGUAUUGGCCCCAGCAUACUUUAUCCUGGGAGGCAACAAGUCUGGGGAGGGUUGUGUGAUUACACGAGACAGAGAACAGUCUUUGGAUAUAUAUGAACUCGACCCCAAGCAGGGUAUAUGGUAUGUGGUGCAAACAAAUUAUGACCGUUGGAAAAAUCCCUUCUUCCUUGAUAAUCGCAGAACACCUGCAAAGAUGUGUCUAAACCAGACAACCCAAGAGAAUAUCUCAUUUGCAACCAUGUACGAUGUCCUGUCAACAAAACCUGUCCUCAACAAGCUGACGGUAUACACAGCCUUGAUAGACGUUACCAAAGGUCAAUUUGAAACAUACCUGCGGGACUGCCCAGACCCCUGUAUAGGUUGGUGAGCACACACCUGGCCUAUAGGGUGCGACCUGUAUGACAUCAAGAUGGGAGCUCACACGGGGCUGAGAAGUACAGCUGUCUGAUCUCCUUCAGAAGACUGAGACUGAGGACGGGUUCUCUGAGGUGUGAGCUUGUCCUGCUUGGUAUGUUUACAAUUCACAGGCUGUUUUUGCCGUAAUGGUUGAUUUUUCUUAUAUACAAAUUAACUCCUUUUAGUGAAGUACAACAAUCAUCCAGAACUUACUGUGGUUCAUUUCAGUCUGAUUCAUUUGAGGAUGGGGAUGGGUAAUUACAACUAUUGCGGGACCCACCCCCAUGGAAUAAAGCAAGAUUCUCUGUGAGCACAGAAUCCUGUACAUCUGUGUAAUAGUUAAAUAGUCCAUAUUAUUCAGUUUUUCACUUUUAUUUACAUAUUUGUAUGUUUUUGUCUUUUCUUCCUGGCUCUUACUAUUAAAAUUAAUAUACCAUU